AUGAAAACCAGGGACGCGUCGCUGAAGAACCAAAUCGAAAAGGAGUCCAUCGCACUGUUUAAGAAAAAUCUGCUCAAGGAAAGUUACAGCUGGUUCAAAGACACGGACUACUUCGAAAAGCUUAAGAGUGAAAACAAGUACAGUAAUGCUGAGAAUGAAAACGAGACCAAAAAUGUGGUAACCGGUCGUGUGCAGCUGGGGUGGGGUGGGACCUUCUUCCUUCUCUGUUGUGUCGUCGUGAUAUGUGACAACUCAGGAUGGCAAUCAUGCAACCAUUACAACAACAGCAUUUUCUACUCCCCAGAAGCAUUAACAGUAGUGUACUCGAUUCUCUUCAUAGUGUACGCUUUUCCUUUAUUCAUCUUGCAUCAGUGUCUAGGGUUGCUGUCUCAAGGGGAUUAUGUCAAAUCGUGCCGAAUGCUGUCAUCUCACAUGGGAAUGUUAUCGAUCUUUUCCCUCUUGGGAACAGUAACCUUCUGUGCGAAAGAAAUAUGCAAUUUUUCGGUGGAGCUCUUACAAAACGUGUUGCGAAUUAUACAUAUGAAAGAUGGAGAAAAAAAGUAUGCAAUGACGAAGAUUUUUAUCGAUUUAACGAAUAGAAAUAGCCAGGAUUGUUCUCUAAUGCCAGACACGAUAUAUUUGGAAGCUAUAAAGCAGUGUAUUUCUUUCAAUAAAAAUGUGAUGGUCAAUUUUUAUGAGAACUUAUGGUUUAUUGGAAAUAAGGACAACUACCUAUACAUCAUUUUAAUAGCCACCAUUUUUAUCCUCUUCUGUUACUUCAUUUUGUUAAGAGAAAACUUCCGCGUCUUUAAAUUUUUCAUUUUUGUCAUUAUUGUCAACUGGAUUAGUAGCAAGUCUGUCGUCAUCAUGAACACCUUCUUCUUUUACAUUCCUCAGCAGAAAAAGUUAUAUGAAGAGGUUGUUCAGAUAUUUGAAGAAAUUGGCAUCGUAAAAUUGACCAUUUUUCUAUAUGGGACCAUAGCUAGGAGUUCUUCCAUUUUUAUCCUCAGUACCUUUGCUUCGUAUUUUCACACCAACACAAAUAUAUUGAGGAUCACUAUGUAUACGUUCGCCUUCUACAUUCUUAAUAUGUAUUUUUAUCUUAAGAAUGAGGCCCACGAGUAUUACCUCUACAACAACAAAGACUUCGUCACGACAAAGGAGUUCAAUUUUAUCAAAUGCAACACGUACAUUAAUCUACUGCAGGGGUUGGCACCGCACCGGGAGGAGGGAUCAGCCGGAACAACCGGAGGAGGGGGUACCUCCUACUAUGGGGCCUUCCCUUCUGCAGACACACAAGACGACAGGUAUGCCGUCUGGCAGAAGCUGUGCCUCUUCUUUAGCUCCUACUCCUUUCUGUUCUCCACGAUCUUUAUCGUGCUUAUGCAGCUGUUGGGCCCAUUCAACAUUCUCAUGGAGAAGGGCAGACGUGAUGGCCAGGCGGACGGCGAAGAUAACAGUGAGAAAGAAGGGGAGAGGAAAAUCUACACUUACAAAUCGCUAGUUAAACGUUACGAGAGGGAUCGCAUAAAUCGGUCCGUCUCCAAUAACAGAUCUUCCUUUGUGUCGAGAAGGGGCGGGAGCGCCACGUGCAGUGACCGAUCCACUGGAAGGAGGAGGCACCCGAAUGGGGCACCCCAGAUGGAUGGAAAAAAUAGGCAUAAGGGUAGUGAUAAAAAUGGGCAUAAAGACAGGCAUAAAAAUGGAUAUAAAAAUAGCCACAAAAGUAGCCAUAAAAAAAGAAGAAAAAACUUGUUUCGUUUGAAUUUAUUUUUUAAACGGGGCAAAGUGGACCCAGCGAGGGACAACAAGGAAGACUCCCUCUACAUGUCCAGGAAAAGCAGCUUCCUGCCACAAAGGGGAGACUAUUCCCAAGAGCAUUCUUCCAUACUUUCGAAUAUUCAAAACGGGGGGGAACGAGCCCAAGAGGAGCUGCCACCCUACAAAUGCUUCGACGGGGAACCAGGCGAUUUCAACUUUGGUGCAAGCUCCUUCGAAGACUACAUCGGGGUAGCAGAUUUCGCGGGAGGAGACCUCGAAGGGAAGACGUUAAAUCGUCGGCCAAGGCAAAGCAGUACCACUGCACACAGAAACGCUAGUAGGAACAUGUACGCAGAUAGUCAGCCCCCUUCUUCGAGGGGUGCCAGGCGGGAUUUAUUUUCCAACUCGAGUGGUCCGAGUGUCGAUUUGAGAGAGGCGACAGGGAAAGGAGGCUCAAGGAAAGGAUACUCAGGGGAAAGCGGCUCAAUGAAGGACAGCUCAAUGAAAGGAUACUCACCGAAAGGCAGCUCAAUGAAGGACAGCGCUGGCACAGGGGGGUCCAAUCGGAAGAGGCAUCUCCAAAUAGGAAUCCCAGCACGAGUUGCAAGAAUGAAAAACAUAGUGAUCAGCAAGUAUGGCACCUUCCUCCUCUUCGCAGUCAUAUAUGUCUUUACCAUCCUGCACGUCUUAGAUUUCCGAAGGAACAACGACAUCGUUAGUGAGAUCAUUUUGAAUUCCCUCUACAGGGGAUUCUUAAUCUUUAUCUGUGCAGUCCAAGUGAUUUACGCGUCGUGGGUAUUUGGGAUGAAGUUGCAGAUGGCCCAGUGCGGAGUUAUCUCGUGCCUUUUACAUUUUUUCUCUUGGGUUGUUUUGCUUCCCCUUCUGUUUGUCGUCUACUUGGGGAAGGGCAGUUGGUUGCAGAUGCUGGUAAUUGCUCUGUCGCUGAACGUGGCGUCCGUGGCCACCUCCUUCGUGGAGGUUACUUUAAAGCUGCGCAGGGACGCCUCGAGCUCCGCGGUGAGGUUAGCGGUGGAAGAGCACAGUGGCGCAGAGCACCCCGCAGAAAAGCGCAAAAAUUACAAUUACCUAGCCCUUUUUAAAAAAUGCCUCUACUGGCUGUACAUAGGAAACUUGGAGGUGUUAAGAAAGAAUAUGAAUAUCGCCAUGUCAGGGAAUGAUGAAAAAUAUAUCCCCCUCUUCUGGAGCUUCUUUCUCAAGUACAUAAAUUCCUCUAUGCUGAUCGUCGUCGUGAUAUACAACACGCAAGAGUAUUUCUUUAAUAUGCUACCCAUGUUCGGGGGGUCCGUUAGCUUUCGAAUUGAGUUAGGUUCCAUCGUGCUGAUUUUCCUGGGAUCCUUGGCCGCUUUAGCGUGCAACCUCCGCAAGGACUACCACCGCCCACAAGGCAUCAUCAUCCCGUCCGUCCCGAUGUUCUGUCAAGACAAGCGCAGGUACAUCUUUGCGAGGUGA